AAUGAUGUUAAUCAUUAAUGAUGAUGAUCAAAGACUCUGAUGUUUUUUAAUUUAAUGUCAAUGCAUUUACAAUUAAAGGUUUGCAUGAAAAGUAAUUAUUACAAUUAAAUGCUCACUAAUGAUAAUGAUGAUAAUCAUAAUUGACUGUUUCACAAUUAACCAUAAACAAGCACCGGUUUAUAGUCAUUUAGGUUACGGAUCAAGUCUUAAGGAGAUUGCAAUUAAUUUAUCACAAAGAUCUGGAUUAAGUUUAGAAUCAAUUAGAUUUGAAAGGUUAAUUAAAUGUCCACGUGAAGGUCAAUCUCGUGAGGGAUGUCCGAUUGCAAAGAUGAUUAUAGUCCGACGAUCAUCAGCUGAACAAUUGUGUGUCUUGGUUCGUGAAAGGUUAGGCCAUUUAUGUCCAGGUCGAUUUAUAAUUGUUGCUCUGAUUGUUUGGGAAGGUGUCGACUCUUCCUGGUCAUCUCGUCUUUACGACACUGUUGUCCAUAAACUGACCAACUAUGGUAACCCAACGGAACGGAAGUGUAACCUGAACAAGAACCGGAACUGUGCUUGUCAAGGCCUGGAUUCAACUCGAUCGGGAGCUUGUUAUUCAUUUGGUUGCUCUUAUUCAAUGUACACCCAUGGAUGUAAAUUUGGCCGAAGCCGUGACAAUGAGAUCAGAAGAUUCAAAUUAACUAAUCAAUCUGAGGAAUCAGAGUUGGAGUAUCAAUUGAAUAAAAUGGCUUCACAUGUUGGUCAAAUAUGCAAAAGCUUAAUACCAGAGGCAUUUAAAUCAUUAACUAAAUCAACCAAAGGAGAUGAUUUAUCAUCUUCAUCAUCAUCAUCAUCAUCUUGUCGAAUUGGUUUAGAUCCAGAUAAACCAUUCUCAUCGGUAACUGCUUGUCUUGAUUUCGUGGCUCAUAAUCAUCGGGAUAUACAUAAUGUGCCCAAUGAUAUAACCGUAAUUGUUAAUCUAAUCCGUAAUCCAGUUGAUCAAUAUCAAUGGUCAUCAACCAGGGAAACCCAAUAUCAUGUAUUACCUUGUUACCUUGUUGACCUUAAAGGUCGGACAAAGGCUAAUGGAUUACAAAUAUUGACCAAAUUUCCUGUUCUCAAGCGACUACGAAGCUCACCUUUACUAUCAAGGCGGAAAUGCCAGCGACUUAAAAAGAAAGCCCUGAGACGAUCAUUUCCGGAGAAACGAUCUAUCGACAACAAAGGGUCAUCAUUAUCAUCAUCCAAAUCAUCACCAUCUUCAGCUGGCCUUAGGUCAACCAAUAAGAGUGUCAAUAGUAAAAGUAUAUCGAUAUUUUCGACUCAAUCUAAGCCGGUCCAUAGAUUUCCUGCCGAGAAUCAAUUAAAAGACCCAAAUCAUAAGGGUUACAUUUAUGAAUUUGAAUCGGACAAUGAGGAUUCAUGUCUUGACCCCAGAAUGGGUGGAGUGGGAAUCGCUCUCGAACAUGGUUCGAUCAUGAUUGAAUGUUCAAAACACGAAGUUCACUCAACGACACCACUUCGACAGCCCAAUAGACUUCAACCCAAUCGACUGAGUUUAAUUUUCUACCAGCACAAGAAUCUUGACAAACCGAACCAUGGAUCAGUUAAUUGUGAUCAACCAACGAUAAUUAACAAACCAUCAGGCAAUUUGUAAUCAACAAUUAACUUUAAUCUAAACUUUUUCAACUAAUGAGCUUUUUUAUUUAUAACUAAUCAUGUUUUCUCAUCAACAGAUCCAAAUUGUUUACUCAAUAAAAGUGAUUAAUCAAUGAAUGUGUUUAAUCAAUGAGGUGAUGUACAACCAAUUUACAAUGUAACAAUUAAUUUGAUUGUGUACAGAGUAAACAACUGUUUAAACAAUCAUCAAAUUGGUUGGACAAAUCAUCUUAAUUAUUUACUUAUUAUACUCAAUGAUAAUA